ACUGUGGGAAGGCAAAUAUGGCUGCGCCCAUGGGGUGGAUUCCAAAUUUCCAGUUUUGCUGGGUGUCUGCUAAGCUAUAAAUACCUUAUUCUUGAUCACCAUGAAACUUUUCAAGUUAUGGGUGCAUCAGAAAGGUUUCAGUGAAGAUGAAUUGGUUAUCAAUCCAAAAGAAUUCCCAGAUGUUGAGAUUGGAGAUAUUUUGGAGAUAUUUCACCCUGAUGAGGAUAGCAGUCAUCUCUUACUGCAAGUGAAGUCAUUACAAACGGAUCUGCAGCAGAAAGGAAAAGAUAUCAUCAGUGUUGAUCAAACAAUAGCAAAUCUCUUCCAAUUACGAGCUUACAAGGAUGUGGAGGUUUGUCGAGUCCCUUCUGCCCAAGAUGUCUGUCUGGAUCUGGUUGAGUUGGUCUUUAAAGAUCAAUACAUCAGCCGGAGUGAUAUGUGGAGACUCAAGAACAGCUUGAUUGGUUCCUGUGCUUACCUAUCCAAGAAAGUGGAAUAUUCUGGUAUCCGAGCCCAGGUCAAUGAACUCUGGGCCCGGGGUGAGAAGGUCAUGUGUGGUUCUGUUUCGGAGGAUACCCGCGUUGCAUUCCGAUCAUCCACUGCUAUGGUUUACAUGUUUAUCCAGAUGAGCUCUGAAAUGUGGGAAUUUGAUGCAAAUGGUGAUCUGCUUUGGGAGAAGUCUGUCAAUGGCUUCGUUGCUGAGCUCUUCAACUACUGGAAAGAAAGAAAUACCUUCAAUGAGGUCACCAUUUUUCUCUUCUCACGGAUCUAUUAUUAUGCUGAUACAUUUGACCAGUUUCCAGAAGGCAUGAGAGAAUGUUUACACGUUGACUACAAAGGAAGAAUCUACGAGGACUUCUACAGAGUAAUCGUUCAAAAUGAACGACGCGAUGAUUGGACACCAUUGCUUGUGACACUAAAAUCUCACUGCAUCCAGUAUGGGCAACAACUCCAAAACCGCUUCAUACAAGGUUCCCAGGGUGCAGGAUGCCAGCUACCAGAUGGUUACAUUUCCAAUGCUGCUGAAGGAAACUUUCUGGAAGCAUUGAAUCUAACACUAAAUGUUUUUGACAAGCAUUACAUCAACCGCAACUUUGACCGUACCGGUCAGGUGGUAGUGAUUGUCACUCCUGGAGCUGGUGUCUUUGACGUGGACCGGGAACUCUACAAGAUUACCAAACAACGAAUGAUUGAUAAUGGUAUUGGUAGUGACUUGAUUUGUAUGGCCGAGCAGCCUUUGCAUGCUGUACCCCUUCUUCGGUUUCAUAGUACCAGCGAUCAUCCAUCCACGCAUGAUUACAACAUUCCGCAUUGGUUGAGUUAUAGCUUCUACACGGCUAAAAGUCAGCGGGAAAAAUGUCACAUCUACUCUAGCUUCACACCCCGGAUUAAAUUAGCAGAGAGGAAGGAGUCUGCUGCCUAUAUCCCCUGUACAAUGCCUCAUCUACCCCCUCUGCCUGAAGGGAAGAGUAUGGGCCACUUCAAGACAUCACAUCAGGACGAAGAUUACAUCUUUGAGGAGUAUGAUGCUGAAGUCUUCAAAGCUCCAAGCUAUGCCUCGCCAAAACCAAGAACCCCAUUUUCCAUAAGACCAUCCAAGUCAACUCACAGCACUGUCAAGAAGCCAAAAGCCAAGGAGGAAGGUCUGAUUCAAGCCAGCAAGAAGGUCAAAGACACAAAGUUCACCAGCAUUGUGACCUUUAACACUGAACCUGCUGAUUCCCACAACAAUCACAUAGUAUCACAGUCAUCAUCAUCUACAGCUAUUCCGAUUCCAGAGAAAUCAAACUUAGUUACUCCCUCUGUUUCUGUAACAGCAGCUGCCAGGCUGUUGCAAGCAACUGCCGUCAGUCGCAGUUUUGGUGAUGCACAUUUCACUGAAGAACGAACCAACAGUACUUUGGUAAACUUCAGUGAUGCGAUCGUUGGUAGUGCUAAUGCUGUACAUGACCGUGUAUCCACCAGUCCACAUCAUCAAUUUGUUUAUCGCACUCUGAUCAAUCCAUUUGCUCCAUCCAACAUGGCCGUACGACUGACAUCAAACAGACGGAGAUGGACUCACUCAUUUCCGCCAGGUCCUUCAGGAGAGACCAUGCAGCCCCAUCACCGUCGAUGGACCAUGAGUGAAGCAGACACAAACACACUUCCCUCCGGCACUCCUGUAGGCUUGUCAGAAUCCAUCUCAGCACCAGUGAAUCAUCCAGCCUCUCCUAGACAGCUCAGCCCACCUCAAAGAUUAAUACCCUCCCCCUCUAGGCCAAGCCCCUCCCCUCUUAGAUUGGCCCCACCCCCUGCUAAUGGCAUGCUGAAGUCCAGCAGUGCGUCUAGUCUUGGGAGUGAUGGAUCAGGGUCUGGUAACCCAACUCAUCACAACACAGCAUCAAGACCACCUUUAAUGCACCGGCAGAAUAGCAACUUACCAGAUGCAGGUGCUCGUUAUGAUGGUGGUGUGGUGAGAACCAGUCCAACAAGUGAUUCCUUCAGGACAUUGAGGCGAAGCACCAGUGGAGUGUGGGGUCUAACUGGGGAACAGGAAUGGUCACCGUUUAUUAAAACAGGAAUGGACUGGAAGUCAUUGACAGCCACUGCUUGUUUUCCUAUCACCACCGACUUCUAUCCAGACAGUGUGACUGUUGAGAAACAGUUUAUGGAGAAUAACUAUGAGCUCCUUGCUGAUGACCAUGAUGAUGUAACAGGUGGACAGAAACGAACAGGAGAGGGAAUCUUCCAAGAAAUCAUCUCACAGCGACUGAUGCAGGGAUUUCAAAUGGUUGUGGUUCCAAAGUCCAUUUUAUCCAUUGUUCAAGGUCGACGAAGUAAGGACAUCCUUGUCACAGAUCCAAACAAGCAUGAGUAUGUUCUCAGCAUUGGUCGUAUUUUUCACAAGUUGGUACUUCAUCUUCACCAAAGAGCUAUCUCAGUCACUGUGUACAAACCCAGACAUCUGAAUAUUUCACAUCCGGUGUACUACACCUACCAGUUAUGGUCUGCUCACAACUCCAGCUAUCAACCAUCCAGUGUUAGUUUCCAACCAUACAUGCUGGAAAACUUUAAUUGGAACUAUCUGGAUAACUACGUGUCUUCAAAGGGAGUAGACUUUGGCCCCAUAGAGUCACUGAAGUUGUGGCGAAGCAGGUUUCUCCUUCUACCAGCUCUUUGCUCUAAGAAGAAGCGUGUCCUGGAAGACCCUGCCGCUGACUUGGACAUCUUCCCUGAGAUGGUGAGUGCAGAGGAAGCCUAUCAACUACAUGAAGGAUUCAUCAAGUUCUUGGAGACAUUGAACAGGCUGCGUAGACAUCACAGUGGAGGCAGAAGGACCAAGGCUGGCUCUUUUUCAAUUAAUCUUGGAACUGUGAAAUCUGCUGAGCUUCGUCGGCACUCUGUUGUCACCACUCAUGGUCACUCCAGGAAGAGUAGCGAUGGUAGCCUAAAGGGGCUGAUUUCUGCCAUGGCAAAUCUUACCCCAAGCAGGCAACCGUCUGCCAGCACCCAUCCCUCAUCCAAUCCUCCCUCUCAAAUCUCUGGGCCAACCUCUACUGACUUGGGUACCCCUCCUAGAAGCCUGAAGGAAGAAACAGAAGAUAGUGAGACAGAGAAGGAUGGAGAAUGGGAAGAGAGGAGCAAACUAACACUUCUGACACCACUUUGGGAGAUUGCUAAGGCCAUGGGAGAUCAACAAAGCGGUGUACCGUUUCUCCCCUUAGAUCAGAGAAAGCUACCAUCCAAUUGUUUUGUAGCCAAUGAGGCUGUGCACUGGCUAAUAACUAAUCUCCAAGGAGAUGUAACACAAGAUGAAGCUGUUGAAAUACUUCAGAAUGUGACUGCAGAAGGCUUGAUAUGCCAUGCUUCAGGCAACCCCAAUCACCCCUUCUGGAAUGGUUUUUACUUGUAUUACAUGGUCAAAGAGGAAACCCAUGUUAAAGAUAAGGCCAGAAAAUCUCCAUCUAGACACAGCUCAACAUCCAGUAGUCACCAUGGCAACAGUCACUCAGCAACAAACAACUUCCACAAUGAGUGGUUUGAGGUAGCUGUCUGCAGCCCCCCUGCACCACCUUUGACCUCUGGUCAGUCCAAUAUCCCACAAUUCCUGCUACCUGUCCUGCCACGCCCAGUCUCUCCGGCAACGUCAAUCAUGUCUAACUUUGUUGCUACGAUGCAAGAUGCAAGGCUUGACACUGAGGCUACUGAAGAGACAAAUCCUGAAGUCCUCAAACCAGCAUCAUUGAGGAGCUUACUAUUUGACAACUACACAGUGAAGACAGACCGUGUAGAAUGGUGUCAUAUCAACUAUAAUGGCUGUUAUUGUGUGGAUGAAGCUUGGGGCUUUCAAGUGGAGUGGUUGGUAUCCACACCAAGUCUCCUGGUAGAAGUGCUCCAAGGAUGGGCUCGUAAAGCUGUCCAGUGUGGUUUCCAUCUUGUUCCUGCUCCUAUGGAUGCCUUUAACCAGUGUCCUCACUUCAAUAAUCCCCUUGCCUGUCCUCGGUUCAUCCCUCUCAACAUACAGUGUCUCCUACCAGACCAAGGUCAAAGGUUAUUUGAGGGGUUUGACCCCAGCAGUCAGGAGAGGAGAGUGUAUUUAUUUCAGGAGACCAUACUAAAAAGGUUUGGUUUCAUCAAGGCCACUGAACCAUUCCAUCUCACCCCCAUCACAUCCCAGCAUUCUAACCAAGACCAAACCCAGUACGUUCACAUGACUGGCAUGGCGCUCAUCCUCAUUGUCCCAUCAACCAAUCAGGACACAACGUUCUGGGACGACCCUUUGCCCAUUUGCCACAAGUCAUACAGGAACAGUCCAAUGGACCAAGAGGGAGCAGGGACCACCAUCAAAAGAGAAUGCAGUCAGAAAAGGAUGCCCACUCUGAAACAGGUAGCCAGUCAUGAACGAAUACCAAAUUUGGUGGCAGAAGUGGGAUUCUUGUGGGUACCCAACUACCUGCUGACCAAACGGUGGCGUACAAGUUCCUGUGGAGAUGAAAAGUUACAAGAGAGACUGCUGCAGGAUUUCACCAGCUUCUGUGAGAAUGGUAAUGAUCGAUUGAAGGACUUUUGGGAGAAAAGUCACAAGGUUUUCCAACUUGGAAAUAAAGAGUAGAAAUUAUCUUGUAAACAUUUGCCAACUGGAAUGAAACCAUCUCACAAAGCCAUCUUGAAGCAAAUCACUUUCCAAACAGAUGAAAAGAAUGACUGCUGAAAACCAGUGCUUUAGAUUUGUUUCAGUAAAUUUCUAAAGAAAGUAUUAAAUAGGAUUAUUUGUAUAAAGCUGCCAGUCUUGGCUGUUUCUAAAUGUAAUUUUUUAAGCAUAAAAAUUCCAUGAUGUCCAAAGACAGAUAACCCAGUAUUUUUGCUCAUAAUUUUUGCCAACAUUUGAACUCUAUGCAAUUCACCAAUAAGCAUUCCUCGUUCAAUUUAAUCCUGACGAUUGGACUUUUCCAGGCACCGUGUUUCAAAUCCAUAUUUUUAUAACAUUUGGAACAGUAAUGUGAUUUUGUACAAAGCUUAAAAUCAGUAUUUACCGUGUGAAUCAGAACCCAUCAUAAAGAAAUGAGCGUCCAAGUCUCAUUGUUUAAAAUGAUUUGAGAACCAAUACUAUCCCAUUCUAUGGAACUAAUGUACUUCUUAUGCCUAUGUAGUCCUGAGCUUUGAUGUAUAUUGUGCCAAAAUUAACACUUAUUUGUCAUGCCAGGUGUGGUGCUUGGGAAAUGUAGUCUGAAGAUUCUUUUCUUAAGAUAAAUAAAGUGAAAUAUGAAUAUGUAGAUGUGAAAGCUGUCUUUGUACAAUCUCUGCUAAUCUGUGCAUGAAUUUUUUGUAGAUUUGUUUUGAUAUAAUUAAUUUUUCAUUAAGGUUUCUAAUAAAUUAUAAUAGUUUCUAUUGAUUUAUAUCCAUGUUAUAUAUAGUUUUGCUUUCAAACAGUAAUUAGGUUUCCGAAUCGAUAUUUGUAGCGUUUAUGUAUACGCACUGCGCAUUGAUUUACACCCACUGCUUUAAAAUAAAUUUUGAACUUCUAAUUUUAUUCAUUCUAGAAGAAAAUCUCCCUAAAAGGGAUUGUUCAUAAUACCCUCAUAUUCUCUUCUUCUUAUGUUCUCUUUUGAGGUUAUUUUCUUCUUUUUUAAUCUCUAUAUAAUCAAUUUUUGUUAUACCAAAGAUAGUUUAUGUAUCCAGUGUUGAUACUAUAUUUGAAAGUGAAUAUUUGAAGGUAGCCCUACCACGGAAGCCUUGAUAUUUUGCUUGUCUUAUGUAUGUGCAAUGUGGAACAACAGUUGUCUGUUUGCUUUUGCUGAUAAAUUGAAGUCUUUUGAAUUACUCAAAACAGAGAAUUGCAAGUGAAUUUCUCGAUUAAAAGAAAUAUUGUUUCAUAUGACCUACAAAUUGAA